CGCUUGGAUUGCAUUAGCCACUGAAAUAAACUCCGCCCACCAACACCCAACCCCAUGCUUUCUACUCAAUCAAAUAUCUUAUGUGCAAGUAGCACGACAACAAACAUGGCGCCUACGGAAAGACUUGAGAACGUAAAUCCAACGAUUCAUACUCGGUUAUUGGACCGCGAAACAACCGCAGAGGAAGAAAAUGAGGAUGUAGUGGACGAGAUUGAUGCAAGGGAGAUUUUCGAUCUGAUCAGACAUAUCAACGACCCGGAGCACCCUCUCAGCUUAGAAGAUUUAAAUGUCGUCACUCAUUCACAAGUUGAGGUGAAUAAUAGAGCAAACAGUGUGAAGGUGUUGUUUACUCCCACUAUACCACACUGCAGCAUGGCUACUCUCAUCGGCCUCUCGAUACGCGUCAAGCUUCUCAGAUCUCUGCCCCCACGAUUCAAGGUUGAUGUGAAGAUCUAUCCUGGAAGUCACGCCUCAGAAGAUGCAGUAAAUAAACAACUGGCCGAUAAGGAACGAGUGGCAGCUGCCCUAGAAAACAACCAUCUCCUUGAAGUCAUCAAUCAGUGUCUCGUUUUGAAAAGAUGAAACCUGAAAAUCCUCCUGGAAGGUCAUAAGCCAUUCUUAGAUAUGGUGGACACAAAACUAUGACACUGUUGGGUAAAUUGGUUUGGAUACAUCUAAAUCGAAUAGUGCAGUUCUGCUAUAGUGUCCGCCAUAUUUAAAAAGGCGAAUUGUUUCAGCUCCAAAAAGACCUCCCCCAAUCUCCUUUUUUCAUGUGUAAAAAUUGCUAAAUAUUUAAAUAGCAUUGUGGCAGUGCAAAAAGGUUGUAUGUCACAUUUUCUGUAAAAUUGAACUAGAGUAUACAAAAGAUGCUUUAGUUUUGGUGUAAAAAAAAUGUAAAAGUUUCAUAACUGUCAAAAAGUGUAAAAUGUUAAAGGCAGUGGACACUACUGGUAAUUACUCAAAAUAAUUGUCAGCAAAAACCUCACUUGGUAUGAGUA